CCGAAACGUAUACAUGGAUUGAUACGACGAAAUCGAAGAGAGGUAUUCCAAUGUUCACUAUCUUGGGUUACUUCUAACUUUGCCAGAAACUAAACCAAACCUUUUCUCUGGUUGGUCAACGACGUAAACCCGCAGCAACGAUUUACACUCAUCAUGAAACUGCACUUGCUGCGUUUCUUUGUUGUUUUCAACUAUUUGGCAUUUUUUUGCAUCCUUUUUUUGGCAUAUUUGCUUGUAAAAAUAUAUCAAGCCAUCGGGUGAUACAGCGGCACAUGUUUACCCGCCUGUGCAAGGAGGAGCGGGCGAGGAGUCUAUGCAAGAAGGAGCGGGCGAGGAGUCUGUGCAAGGAGGAGCGGACGAGGAGCCUGCGCAAGGAGGAACGGGCAAUACAGCAACUUCGUUAGAAGAUAUCAAGCCAUCGGGUGAUACAGCGGCACAUGUUUACCCGCCUGUGCAAGGAGGAGCGAGCGAGGAGUCUAUGCAAGAAGGAGCGGGCGAGGAGUCUGUGCAAGGAGGAGCGGACGAGGAGCCUGUGCAAGGAGGAACGGGCAAUACAGCAACUUCGUUAGAAGAUAUCAAGCUAUCGGGUGAUACAGCGGCACAUGUUUACCCGCCUGUGCAAGAAGAAGCGGACGAGGAGUCUGUGCAAGGAGGAGCGGGCGAGGAGCCUGUGCAAGGAGGAGCGGGCGAGGAGCCUGUGCAAGGAGAAGCGGGCGAUACAGCAAUUUCGUUAGAAAAUAUCAAGCCAUCGGGUGAUACAGCGGCACAUGUUUACCCGCCUGUGCAAGGAGGAGCGGGCGAGGAGUCUAUGCAAAAAGGAGCGGGCGAGGAGUCUGUGCAAGGAGGAGCGGGCGAGGAGUCUGUGCAAGGAGGAGCGGGCGAGGAGUCUGUGCAAGGAGGAGCGGGCGAGGAGCCUGUGCAAGGAGGAGCGGGCGAUACAGCAACUUCGUUAGAAGAUAUCAAGCCAUCGGGUGAUACAGCGGCACAUGUUUACCCGCCUGUGCAAGGAGGAGCGGGCGAGGAGUCUAUGCAAGAAGGAGCGGGCGAGGAGUCUGUGCAAGGAGGAGCGGACGAGGAGCCUGUGCAAGGAGGAACGGGCAAUACAGCAACUUCGUUAGAAGAUAUCAAGCUAUCGGGUGAUACAGCGGCACAUGUUUACCCGCCUGUGCAAGAAGAAGCGGACGAGGAGUCUGUGCAAGGAGGAGCGGGCGAGGAGCCUGUGCAAGGAGGAGCGGGCGAGGAGCCUGUGCAAGGAGAAGCGGGCGAUACAGCAAUUUCGUUAGAAGGUGGAUUAUCUGUAACGGAAUAA